AUGCUUCACAUCAGUGCAGGAUGUCAUUUGGUUCAGACAAAGACAGAAAGCACUGAAGAGCUGACUGGAUAUCUUGGAGAGUCUGUAGUUCUGCCCUGCUCCUGUACUGAACCACUGGCUAAACCUGAGCAGAUUAAAUGGCGUUUUAAUAUAGAAAGCAUUAAUUAUGAAGAAAUUUACCCAUCUGAACACAUUGAGAGGUACAAAAACAGAGGUAAACUGUUAAAUCAAACCACACCAGGAAAUCUCUCUCUACAUCUCUCAUCACUGACCAAAGAAGACCAAGGAGACUAUCAGUGUUCUGUGUCUAACAGGUUUAUCUUCAUCAGACUUCAUGUUAAAGAGCAACCAAAGGUCUAUUCAUCAACAUAUCAACCUUCACAACAAACACACAAGCUUAUAACAACUCAACAACCAGAAGACAGAUCAACACAUCAACCAUAUGGCAUACCUCUGUAUGUUAUUUUAAUGCCUGGAUUUGCCUCAGUAUUGUUACUGGCAUUACCAGUAUUUAUCUACUGGAGAUACAAAGGACAUAAAAAGACGAAGAAGGUAAACAGUGAAGCUCCAAAACUAAAAAGAAAACUAGAUAAUGAGGAUGAAGUUGAAUAUUCUUCUGUAUUUCUUGUUAAAACAGCAUCCACACCAGCUGUCAUGAAGAAAGAUGCAGUAGAGGACACGGAGUACGCCAGUAUCAAUGUAAAAUGA